CGGCAAGUCCACUACCACCGGUCGCUUGCUCUUCGAGCUCGGUGGGCUGCCCGAGCGUGAGCUGGAGAAGCUGAAGCAGGAGGCAGAGCGCAACCACAAGGCUGGCGAGAUUCAGGGCCAGACGCGUCAGCAUUCCCGUCUGAUCAAUCUGCUCGGCGUGAAGCAGAUCUGCAUCGGCGUGAACAAGAUGGACUGCGACACGGCGGGCUACAAGCAGGCCCGGUAUGAUGAGGUGGCCAACGAGAUGAAGAGCAUGCUUGUCAAGGUUGGCUGGAAGAAGGACUUCAUUGAGAAGAACACCCCCGUGAUGCCGAUCUCCGGCUGGAUGGGUGACAACUUGCUGAAGAAAUCAGAGAACAUGGGCUGGUGGAAGGGUCAGGACGUUGAGGUCGGCAGCGAGAAGAUCCAUGUGGACACCGUCUAUGACGUCCUGGACAAGAUGUGCCGCCAGGGAGUGGUGAAGCCCGGAGAGGAGGUGGUCUUCCUGCCCACCCACACUGCCUCGAAUCCAUGCACUGGCAAGGUCUUCACCGUGGAGAUGCACCACCAGCGUGUGGACUUCGCCAACCCAGGUGACAACGUUGGCCUGAACAUCAAGGGCCUGGACAAGAACAACAUGCCUCGUUCCGGCGAUGUCAUGGUGUACAAGAAGGACACCACCCUUGGACAGACCAAGGAGUUCGAUGCCCAGAUCCAGGUCCUGGACAUCCCCAACGAGAUCAAGGUGGGCUACUCUCCCAUCGGCUUCGUGCGCUGCGGGCGUGCUGCCUGCCGUGUGUCCGCCCUGAAGUGGAAGAUGGGAAAGGAGACCGGCGGCAAGAAGAUGGAGGACCCCCACUCCCUGAAGUCCAACGAGAUGGCUCAGUGCAGCUUCCAGCCCCAGCAGCCUCUCGUGUGCGACACCUUCAAGAACUGCGAGGGUCUGUCCCGGGUUGCCUUCAUGGAUGGCAACGGCGUCGUGAUGCUUGGAAAGGUGGUGAGCUGCGAGCGAAAGGGCGAGGACGACAAGG